AUGUUGCGAUCACGAUCUCGGGCUACUGGUUCUCAUGGAGCACGGCUGUUUCUUCAAGACCUAAUCGCCGGUCAACCCGCAACAAAUUGUCGCGAUGCCUCUUCGACUGACUUGGGCUCGACCAUCGAAAUUUCAUCCACGACCCUUGACACUGGUUCGAGUACGCGUACCACCCCUGUGCGGGGAAUACGUGUUUCUUGUCUUCGCGUCUUAUUUCUUUUCCUUUUUCUUCAUCAUUGA